AUGGCGCCUCAGCGGAGGGGCGCGCCCAAGGCGCCCGAAGGCAGCGGGACGGCCGAACGCAGGCGCCCGAGCAGCAUGAAGAGUGCCCGGGCGCCCCGGGAGGUGCGGAGGAGGUGGCCGAGAGCCGCCGCCCUGGGCGCUGGGGCCGCGCUCGCUGCGCUCCUGCUCUGGGGCAGCCUGGCGGGCGAGGACGGUGUCACCGAGGUCCUGGCUCACCGAGGCGAGGUCCUGCCCGGCCGGUUCAUUGAGGUGCCCUGCUCCGAGGACUAUAACAGUCACCGGAGAUUUGAAGGCUGCUCCCCUAUCAAGUGUGGCCGGGGCAUCACCGACGCUGUCAUCACCAGGGAGGAGGCCCGGCGGGUCCGCAGCAUAGCGGAGAAGGGGCUCUCCCUGGGAGGAUCCGAUGGAGGGGCGUCCAUCUUGGACUUGCACUCGGGCGCCCUGUCGGUGGGGAAGCACUUUGUGAACCUGUACAGGUACUUCGGGGACAACGCAGAGAACAUCUUCUCCCAAGAGGACUUCCGGGUGUACCGGGACGUGCGGCAGAAGGUCCAGCUCGCCAUCGCCCAGGCCUUCGGCAUCAGCGCGUCCUCGCUGUACCUGACGAAGCCCACCUUCUUCUCCCGCAUCAACAGCACGGAGGCCCGGACGGCCCAUGACGAGUACUGGCACGCACACGUGGACAAGGUGACCUACGGCUCCUUCGACUACACCUCGCUGCUGUACCUCUCCGACUACCUGGACGACUUCGGCGGGGGCCGGUUCGUGUUCAUGGAGGAGGGCGCCAACAGGACGGUGGAGCCCAGAGCAGGCCGCGUGUCCUUCUUCACCUCGGGGUCUGAGAACCUGCACCGUGUGGAGAGGGUGCGCUGGGGCACCCGCUACGCCGUCACCAUCGCCUUCACCUGCAACCCCGACCACAGCAUCGCUGACCCAGCCUUCACGUAGCGCAGCCCCACGGCGUCCUCGGCUGAGUCCCCCCUCCCCUCUCGCCCUCCCCUCUCGCCCUCCCGGGAACAGGUGCCUUGCCAUCAGCUGCAUGUGACUGGCUAACGUCUCGGUUGUUUCCCCGGCGAGUAGGUGAAGGGAGCCAGCCUUCUCCCAGGCCUGUGUCCGCCCCCUCAGGAUGGCUCCCCGCACCCAGGUCGGAGUCCCGUCGCCCGGACGAUGCCCUAUGGGGCCAGAGCUCCCUCGGGAAGGUCCCAGGGAGCAGGGCCGGGGGCAGGCUGGGGCCCAGGACCUGAGACACCAGCCGGGCAGUCCCGUGAGGACGCCUCUCCCCGAACCCAGCCCCAUAGCCCCGGGCGGGCGUCCACGCCGGGCAGGCCUUGGGGGCAGCAGGUUCUCUCCCGGAACCGAAGGAACAGCCGGGGACAGCGGUGAGUCCUGCAGCACAAAGAGCAGCUGGGGGCCGAGCUGGGAAACUAACCCUCCUGGUCCAACCCCAGCUCAGGGCUUCCAGACCAACCCUGCGCUUCUCACCUUGAACUUGAGUUUCCAGAAAAGAAGGUGUAGGGCCCACCCCUCUGUGUGGCCCCCAUUUUCCCCCAGGAAGGGGCCCUGCACGGCAGGGUGGGCUCCGAGACCGUGGCUUCCUCCCCAGGAAAAAGUGGGCCCCCUGUUCGCAUAUGCCGCCCCCCUGGGUCCCCAACCCUCAACACUGCCCCCGCUGCCCACCGCACACAGCAGAGACCGCCAUUACCUGGGGGGCUGUCAGGACUUGUGGGGUGAGGACAUGGCCGUGAGGUGAGGAUGGAGUGUUGGGAGGCCCAGGGCAGAAACCGAGGUGCCCCCUCCCCGCUCAGGCCCAGGCCCGGUCCUGACGGCCUGGGAGCCUCCUGGCACGGGGCCACGCCCGGCGCCUCCGUGUUCCUCCGUGUUCCACGCGGACACAUAGCUUUGGGGUGAGACACAGGCUCUGGACUUUCGAUCACACUCGGGUGCCUGCGCCACGGGGCACAGGGCCGCCUGCCCACUGAGCUGGGGUGCUCCCAGCCUGACCUCGUCCUGCGGCGCCCUGCGGCCUGGGCGGCCCCUCGAGUCUGAGACCCGGCCUCGGCUCUGGAGCAGGAAUGCGAGAACUUAGUGACGGAGACCAGGGGCGAGCCCUCCGAGGGGGCAC